AUGACAGCACCUCAAAAUCCAAUCGCUAGAGCCAUUUGGGAUGGUGCCUUGCCAAUUAAAUUUUCUUUAGAUACUGACGAGGCUGAAGCAUUAGGCGUAGAAACGAUUGAACCUUAUUUUAUAGAAGCACCUCGUUGUUCGUAUUUCCCACUAUUAACAAGUGUAAUAAGAAAAUACUUUCGUGAUAUGGCGAUGAAUUUUAUUGUUGAUGAUGCAGAAAUAUGGUAUGAUGUUGAUGGAACACCUUUGAAAUGUCCUCCGCCAUUACCUUGGUCUGUAACUGUUCAUUUUAAAGACUUUCCUGCAGAUAAAUUAAUAAGAGCUCAGGCUAUUGACGCUACUCAAGAUUUUUUCAUGUCUAUGAUUAAAGAAGCAGAUUUUCUUAGAAAUGGCACAACAAAAAAAGUAAUGAACUUAUCAAAAAAUGACCAAACACAGCUUUGGGAUGGAUUAUGGUCUAAGGAUUAUGAUAAAUUUUGGAGCGUGAAUUAUCGUUUAGUGAUUAAUGAUGGCCAAGUUCCAAGACAUAUUCCACUUCGAAUAUAUUUACCUGAUAAUUGUCCAGUAAUACAAGAAGCAAUAUCUCCUUUAAACGAAGAUGAUAUUCCGAUAGUAUGGGCUUCUCAAAAUCUUUGUUAUCCUGAUAAUUUCUUACAUAUUGUAGUUUUGUUAGGACUAUAA